GUUAUCUAUAUCCCUAAAGCAAACACUACACCUCCACCGACGAAAACCUAUCCCAAAUAUAGUACAAAUUCUAACUCAACAUGCCCGACACAGUCCAAAUCCGCCGCAUAACACCCCCGGACAUCCCGCAGAUGGCCCAGCUCGCCUCCACAGCCUACUUCCACACGCCCCUCAGCCAAUUCCUCAGCCCACACCGCCAUACCUACCCAGCGGACUUCACCCGUCGCUUCGCCCAGUCGAUGCGCGCCCGCUACUAUAACCCCAGGUGCAUCGGCUUCGUCGCCGUCUCUGCCUCCGACCCAGGUACACCAGUGGGGUAUGCGCAGUUCAUCCGUCUGGGCGAGGACAAGGCCGCACGGGACCUCAUCGCGGCGCAGAGCUCCAUCUGGAAUACGCUGCGCCGGUGGUGGGUGACCGUCCGGACGUGGAUUGAGACUCUCGUGCGGCCGGAUCGGUCGGUGGAUGCGGAUGCAGUGGCCGAGUUUGAGAAGGCGGUUGAGGAGGAUAAUGUGCGGUUCUGGGAGUCGGCGGAGAUGAAGCGCUUGUAUGGCGAGAGGUGGCAUGCACAGAGCGUGGUUGUCUCUGCGGACUGGAGGCGCAGGGGCAUUGGGAGGCGGUUGAUGGGGGAGGCGAUGCGGCGGGCGCAGGAGGAGGGAGUGGUUGUUGGACUCGAGGCGAGUGGCGAUGGGGAACAGCUUUAUCGCAGCUUGGGGUUUGAGUUGAGGGGCAGGUUUUGUAUGAUUUUGGGGAGCGAGGAUGGGAAUGUGGGUGGGAUUAUGAUGUGGAGGCCUACGGGGGAAGUGGAUUGAUAUUUGGUGCUAAAAUUCGUUGGAUGUCCAUAUAUGUUACAUGGUGGUUUGCAGGUAGGUGUGUUGUAGGUAGGGUUUAAUGUAGAAGUGAAG